GCAGGCAGAGCAAGAGCAGCCCGCAGCUUUUUUCGUGGGGAGAUCGCAGUUUUCGCUUGCCAAUCGAUGGGUUUCCGGAAUUCGCAGUUUGCAGUGCAUCGUUUCUUUGACUUUGUUUAAUUUGGUUACACGGCAAUUGGCAGCAAUUAACAGCAGUAGUGAACGAGCCACUGCAUUAAUUAUUAAUAGCGCGCUCGCCAGACAAGUUGGCCCCGUGAUAAGCAAAUCGCUAGUUUGCCGAGUGAGUGGCACAGUGGAAUGCAUUUGAUUAGAUUGCGAUUUGUUUGCUGGCCUGUCAUCGUUGUUACUGAACAAAGCUGGACCGGUCAACCUGACAUACCCGUUUCGGCAUCUGUUUCGGUUUCUGUUUCUGUUUCGAUUUCGGUUUCAUUGCUUUUUUGAAUUCGCGAGUUUUCGCGUUUCUGCCAGUCUUGCAGAAUGAGUUUUGGGUGUGCACCGGAAACAAACGAGAACGAAAUAACAAUCAGCCAUUCACAAAGCCAUAAAGCACAGUGAAACACUUGAUAACGCAGCCCGUAAUCCAAUAACCCCUCGCAAAACCAAAAUCAAUCUCGCAACGUUGAGUAAUUAAAUGCUGAUCAAGUGAUUUCUCGUCUGAAAUAUCAAUCGAAUCGAAAAAAAUGUGUGUCAUAAGUGCAGAAGUGAAGUGCAGCUAAAUGUGAAAUGCCCAAAAAUGCAAUCAAUUUAAAUGAAUUUAUGUUUAAUUUGUAUAAUCGUUUUCACCACUCGUAACUCGAGAGCCCGACCAACAAAAGCCGGAAAAGUGCAAGUUCGUGGCAAAAUUUAAGUACAAAUUUGUGCAAACCAAUGGGGAAAAUCGAAAUGGUAAUUCCAUUAAAAGGCAGUGCGAUUUUGAAUAGCUGACUAAGAACUUUUAGAUUCAAGCAAUUAAAAUUGGCUCUGUCGACUAACAAUAAACCCUCAGAAGUGGCAAAGGGACUCAGGAGUAAUGGCAGCAGUUGAGAGCAAUUAAGCGCAUCGUUACAAUAGUAAAACAGGGGAAAUAGUUUCAAGGCACACAGCAAACAAAGCAAGGUAAAAUGUCAGCCACUCAGCCAAAGGAUACGGCAUUAAAGACUAAGGCAUUGGCAGCUCAAGCAGCAACCCCUCCACCCCCGCCCAUCGCCAAAACAACAGCAGCAGCGGGAAAGAAAACUUUAACCUCCAACGCGGCUCUGUCAUUGUUUGAUCAGCUGAAAAACAGCGUCAAUUUAAACAGUUUGACAAUUGGCGCCGGCGUCGCCAACAACAGCAACCCAGAAGUAACACCACCUACAACAACAGCCGCAGCCACACCCACCGCCACACUGUUGCCAGCCCCCGCACCUCCCACCGCCCCCUCUGUCACCUCAAAUAUUGAGCUGAAGCCCCCGGCAAAGCCCGCGCGUCCCUUCAGCACGCCCAGCAGCAUUGGCGUCGUGCAGGGCACCAAACGGGGGGCGGGAGGCGUGGGGGGCGGGGCUGGCGCCCAGACCGCCAAAUUGGAUAUAAACGCAUUGCGAUCUCAGCUAUAUCAGGGCGCCAGGAAGGCUGCAACAACAACUCGACUGGGAGUGGGGGUGGGAGCCGGAAAAACAGCAAUCGUAACAACAGCCUCCAGAACAACCGGAGGGGGAGAACGCGGCACGAGGGGAUCCAAGAAGCGGUGUCUGGAUCGAUACGAUUCAUCGGAGUCAUCAGACAGCGGCGUUGCCACCUCACUGAGCUGCGCGGACUCCAGCACGGGCUCCAGUGAGGAUGCGUCCGAUCCCGGCUCCCCGUACAGUGCGCACUCGCAACUGAGCGACCCGCCCGACCCGCUGACCAAGAUGCCGCCCCAGAUCCUCGGUAGCGCCAGCGGCAGCAGCUCCACAGCGGCCGCCUCUCCGCCCUCCGGCAGCGCCCCCCAGGUGCCAUCAUCGCCAGCCAUCCACCACAGUCAUCUCAGCCAGCACGGCGGCGUAUCCAGCAGCGCCAUGUCCAAGCCGACGACGCCCCAGCGCCACAACAACCCGAGCCUCGUGCCCACGCUCCAGUGGCCGUGGAACACCAGCCUGGGCAGCACCUCGACCGCCGUGCCCGCCGCCACGGCCAACAAGAACAAACGAACCGCGGCCGGGGCGGGAUCUGGCAUGGGAAUGGGCACCGCCGGCGGAGACGCCGCCUGUCUAGCCGGCGGAGGAGCGGCGUCCGCCAAGAAGGCGCGUAACGAAUUGCCCAGCUCCUUUGAUGCAAGCAAAAGACUGAAGGUGGCCGCCAUGGAGGAGUCGCAGACCAAGAUUACCGGCUUCUUCAAGUCCCAAAUGAAGCCGUCGCCCGGCGGCGGAAAGCUGUCGCCACAGCCCGGCCAGCAGAGCAAUCCGGCCAACACGCUGACCAUGAGCACGCCCGCCACCACCGCCUCGCUGAACAAGUACUUUAACAUCCUGUCGCAGCUCAAGGAGCAGAAGGCCCAGCAGCAGCAGCAGCAGCAACAACAACAACAACAACAACAACAACAACAACAGCAGCAGCAGCAGCAGGCGGCCAAGACAUCACCCACACCCGCUGCAGUGGCUCCGGCUGCUCCUGCGGCACCCGCCCCGCCUGUUGUCACUCCUAGUCCCAGUUUGCCGGUGCCGGCUCUGAAGAAAAUCGAGCGCAGCACCAAGCAACCGGCCAAGAUUGCACAGGUAGCGCCCAAUCUGCGCAAGACGCCGAGCAGUGGAUCCUCGAACAGUUCUUCAUCGUCCUCGUGUAGCUCCUCAAAUGGCUCCAGUACGGGCAAGUCCCCGGCCAAGAAGCAUGUGGCGAUUGCUCCCCGGACGCCGGAGAUGAAACAACAGCAGCAGCAGGGCAAGGCGGCCAUGGUCUACCGACCGCCGGGAACCAGUCCCACCCUGAAACAGAAGCCGAUCUCACCACCCGCCCCCGUGGCGGCCACCGUACCCGCCCCCGCCCCCGCACCAGCUCUCAAUCCUUCGCCCGCUCCCGCCAAUCCCACGCUCUACCAGCUGCCCGUGCAAUUGCCCAAUCUAGUCCAGCUUCCGCCUCAGCUGGCGGCCGCCGCCAACAUCAUGCAACUGAAUAACGUGGCUAAGGCGGCGGUGGCCGCGGCGGCCAACAACAAUGCGGCCGCUCAAGCAGCGCAGGCGGCACAGGCUGCUGCCGCCCAGUAUUUCCUCAACGGCACGGUCUUCAAGCUGCAGCAGGUAACGACGGCCACCACGACGACGGCCACAACGGCCACGUCGGCGGCGGCCGCAUCGGCUGCCAAUCCCUUCGGACUACUCAAUUUGGCCACGGCGGGCAAUCCAUUCGGCCUGCCCAACGCCAGCGGCCAGUUUCCCAUGGAGGCCAUUCCGGGAACUGGGAGCUACCUCCAUCAUCAGCUGCUUCUUGCCCGGCAGAACAACAUGAGUUUAAACGAAAACAUGGCUUCCAAUUCUUGCGGCAACAUGAACUUUGUUAAUCCACUCAACAAUCAGCAGGUUGGACUCAAGGAUAACAAACUAUAUAUAGUGAACUCGGCGGAGUACCUAGGUUACUUAAUGAGCUUGCAAAUAGCUCUGAACAACCAACAGCAUCAGCAACAGCAAAUCAUCUCUGCCACACAGCCGCCACCGUUGGCGGCCACGAACAACAACAAUAACAACAACAACAACAACAAUACGAACACUGCCACUCAGCCGCCACCCUUGGCAGCCACGAACAACAGCAAUUCGAACACUGCCAACAACUCGACUGCCAGCAACAACAACAACAACAACAACCACAAUGCCUCGAAUAAUUUAAGCAACAUCAACAACACUGCCAUACAGCCUCAGCGGGCGAUUGUGAAGCCGCCGAUGCACAGUUCCACGCAACCGCCGCCGCUGGUGACGAUUUCCUCGAUGCCCUCGAUGCCCUCGUGCUCCCCGGCAGCCGCCUCUUCGCCAGCGGCCAAACGGGCCCUGCCCGCAGCCAAGCCAUACCAGAAGCGACUGACCACCAAGGGCAGAGUGGGUGCGGCACCGAUCAUAGCCACGCCCACCACGCCGCCGCCUCUGGUGCCCACAUCGGCCACCAAGGAGCUGGGUCAGUUGCGCAAAAGCACAGCAACCACUGGUACCGCAACAGCCACGCCCACGCCCGCACCCACACCGACGCCCACACCGACGCCACCGCUGGUGAGCAUAGCGCCCUCGAAGCUGACGCCCACGCUGAGUGUGGCCAAGGCAGGAGCCGCCAUGAAGCUGGCCAACAGUGCGCCCGAUCUCUUCGACCUGGUCAAGAACUCCAAAGUGGUGGCCAAGGCGUCGCAACCGCUUACGCCGCUGCCCUUUAGCUCGCCGAGCAGCAGCAGCAGCAGCAACGGCAGCAAUGGCAGCCACUGCCUGCGAUCCUCGCCAGCACUGUCCAGCUCGAACUCUUGCACCCUGUCGGCCUUUAGCAAGAUCAAGGCGGAGACCACGGAGCUGGCCUCGCAGACCGGCUCCCUGGCCUCGCUCUCAAUGCCAUCGGUAUCGCCCAAGCCCCAGAGCUUUGCCGGCCAGCUGCCCAAGAGGGAUCGGGAUCGCGAUCCGGAAUCGGUGGUGGAGACGCUGAAGCACGACCUGCUGCCCGACUGCACCAACAGCAAUUCGAACUCCAAUUCGUGCAGCAGCAGCAGCAGCAGCAGCAGCAACUACUCUCACUCGGUCAGCUCGGCAGCGGAUCUCUCGCUAGAGGCCUCUACGCCCGCCCCGUCUCCCGCGCCAUCAGCCACGCCCUCCGGCCUGGGAUCACCCUCGCCGGCCGCCAGCAACAUGAGCGGCAGCAGCCGGCGAGCGGCCAGCCAGACGGACAUGCUCAGCGAGAUGGUCACCUCGUCGUGCAUCUCCAGCGGUGGCGAUGACUGUUCGCAGGCCACGGACUCACCUCCGCCGCAGACACUUCCCCUGCAGCUGGGCAAGGGCGAUGACACCAACACUCCUCCCACGCCCACCGCCAGCGGCGUGAGCAGCAGCGGGAGUAGCAACUACGAUGAGGAGGACGACAAGUCGGUGGCCUCGCUGGAGACCCAUCAGACGCACAAGCGGCUAAGGGACCUACCCACGCCGGAAUCCGGCAUCGGUGGAAGCCUGAGCAACAGUGAGAGCAGCAACUCAAUUGUGGAUGCGAUAUCCUCGAAAUCAGCCUCUGUGGGACCGCCAACCACUGCAGCGAGCAGCGUCUCCUCCUCCUCCUCCUCCGCCGCCUCCUCCGCCGCCUCCGACAGCAACUCGCUGGCCAGCAAUGCACCUUCUCCCGCCUCACCGGAUGAUUGUUCGGCUGCACCGUCGCCCGCCAGUACAGCCGCCUUUCCGCCCAGCACUGUGGUGGACAUUGCGAUGGUCGAGGCCACGAGCAAGUGUCUGCCGAAGAGCGCCAUCUCGCCGAUCCUGUCGCAGCCAAAGACCAUUCGCUUCCCGGCUGGAGCGGGGGCCGGCGAAGGGGGGAAGCGCCACGACGGCGUCUGCUACUGGGACAAGUGCAAUAAGAAGCACGAGAGCAACUCCAAGCUGCUGGACCACAUGCAGACGCACCACGUCAACACGCAGACAGGUCCCUUCGCCUGCCUCUGGGUGGGCUGCAAGGUGUACAACAAGGAGUCAUGCUCGCGCCGCUGGCUCGAGCGCCAUGUGCUCUCCCACGGUGGCUCCAAGCAGUUCAAAUGCAUCGUCGAGGGCUGCGGCCUGCGUUUCGGCUCACAGCUGGCGCUGCAAAAGCAUGUGAACAACCACUUCAAUGCCACGGACAACGCCAAGGAGAGCACGAGCAAGCGCACCUCGGAUCCGCCCGUGCCAAAACAACUGCGGAAGAAUGGCAAGAAGCUCCGGUACCGCCGUCAACCCUUCUCAGCUCGCAUGUUCGACUUCUUCGACACUGGCAUCAUGGAGGGACUGCAGCACCGCCUGCGCCAGAUAAGCACACUCACCAACGGAGCCCAGGCCAUCGAGUUCCAGGGUCAGUGCCUCAUGCGACGGCGCAACAGUCAGGGCGGCUACGAGUGCUUUGUUCGUUGGUCCCCGCGCGAAAUCAUUUCCGAUGAAUGGCUGCCGGAGUGCACGAACCGAACGCGCCAGCACACCAAGGUGCUGCACAUCAAGCAGAUGCGACCGGCUGAAAAAACACGUGUGGACAGCUUGUUGAGCACGGCCUUUCGGCUACGUUAUGACUCCCAGCUUUUCGCCGACGAUUAUAAUGUCAAUGAGCAGCAGGUGGGCGAACUGACCGGCAGCGACUGCGAGGAGGAUGGCGGCGAUCAGGACGAUGAGGACGAAGAUGAAGACGAGGAAGAUGAGGAGGAGGAGGAGGAAGACGGCGGCAGUAGUUCGCGCAGUGCGAGCUGCGAGACGGUGUCCAGCUAUCAGCAGGUGCUCAGCAUCGCCAAGCUGCAGAUGCAGCAGCGGCGCAAGCAUCCGCGCAAACCACCCAAGAUGGUGUCAUCGGCGAGGGAGCAGCUGAUCACGACGGACGCCCUGGUGCCCAUCUAGGGCACUGCCAGAAUUCUAGUAUUCUCUAAGUAAUUAAACCGAAAAACGACAAACGAGUAAACAGUGACAAGUAGACUAGUUAGCGUAUGGCCUAAAUAAGUUACCACCUACGCAUAUAUCCCCUUAUGUAUAGAAUCUAUAAGUACGCCGCUUUGUUCAGUUUUGUUUUGUUUGUUCAGCGUAAGCAGCCGUUUAGUUUAUUGUUCCCAUCCAACUGUCGUCCAUCGAUCCUUGUACAUAUAAUAUUUGCGGAUGGACAAGUAAGAGUCAGGAGCAUUUACAAGUAGUAGCCACCUUAUAGCAACCCACCCGCGCGUUCUAGCAAGUGCUGUUAUGAACAAACGUCCUAGUUUCUAGAGUUGUAGUUCUAAUUUAGUUCUAAAAGUGUACAUUUAGUGAAGAUUCAUGUGGGAAAUGACCGACUGGACAAGACUUGUUUCAAAAGCCAAUUUUAUGUUGUCUAUCUAUCUAUUUAAAAUUUAAAGUAAAAUUUUGUUUUCUUUUUGUUUGCUUUGUUGCCCCGCGUCGUUUUGUAAUGUACACCUAGAAACUGGCCAAACUUACACUGAAAGCGAAAAAACAACGCACACAACUGAGCAGUUAAUGUUUAAGUAGAGUAAAGUGACGUGGAAGAACACAAGACUUGAAGCAUUUACCGCUACAAAAUACGAGAAAUAUUUGUAAAACAUUUUGUACUCAACUCGAACAGCAAUGCAAACAGUUAUAAGCCUAAGUUAGACCCGAGCCCAAGACGAUUAACCAUUAAUUUAGUGCAAAUCGAAUGCCACUUUCGCCAAUUCAUCACCAUCAGCGUCUCUAGUUCGUUUUGUGAAAAUCCAAGGAGACAGAAAAAGAAGAGCAUAAUGCAAUGUACAUAAUAGAAUAUAACAUUAACUAGUUUCGCUUAUAAACUUACAUUUAAACUAUUCAUUUAGAACUUAGCCAAGGCAAAUCCCAAGUAAACUAUGCAAAAUAAAGUUAUUGAAAAGAAAAUCAAUUUAAAUGCAAAAUGCAACAAAAUAACUCUUAUGUUUCAAUUUCUUAUGAUUUAAUGGACAAACAGAAAAAAAGAUUUUGAAGCUGAAAAAUUCGAUGAUCAUUUACUUACUACCUACUACCUACUUUUCUAUUAGGUGUACAUAUCCGAAUGGCAAAACCAACACCAACACUUUAAGCAUAUGAGCUAAACGCUAAACCCUAAGUUAUAGUUUUCUAUGCCAAUGAAUUUAUACGUGAUUAAAGUAAGUAAAAUUCGAAUCAAGAGCAAGAGCCGCAAAACUAUGAAAACAAGAGUACUCAUCACUGCCAAAAUGUAAUUGAACAACAAGAACCCAGUUGUUAUUAACGACUGAUUAAUUUAGUGUGCGAAACGAGCGCAGGGCCAGGAGCAAUUAAAAGUAUUAACUGCUAUAUCCCAUACCCCAUACCCCAUUACCCAUACCCCCAAAUUCCAGCUCGAGCACUUUCCCUAUGUUGCACAAUAACAAUAACAGUAACAAUAUCAAAUAUAUCUGUGUGUUGUCUUAAGUAGAUAUAGUAGAUGCGUCUCUGUGCCCCUCAACUAGUUUAAGCUUAUAAGGAAGAAUCAAAUAUGUAUUAAUGUACGUGUACUCGUAUAUCCCCCUAUGUCUGAAGAGGAGAGGCGGGGUGCCUCGAUCACAGCCUGUAUACAUGAUUUAAAGCAAUACUCUAACGAUAAUCGCAGAUCAAGCUUAACAAGCUUUGUUGACUCUUCCAUUCGGUUAGUUAGUCUUUCGAUGCCUUUCGCCCGAGUUGUUCAACGCUUUGUACUGCACAAGGAGAGUCUAAAGAUAAUGGUAAUGAUAUCAAACAUGAAUCCAUGAAAAGUAAAGAAAAAUAAAGGAAAAUAAUGGAAAGGAAACGAAAAGAAAAGAAUAGAAAUUCAAAUAAAAUAAAACUACCUCAAAUUUUUGCAAGCAUAAAACACACAAAAGAAUUUUUCGAGACAAGUUUUCUAAAGCGAAAAGAGUUUAUAGGUGCAGGCGUUAUAUACAUACAUAUGUUGUCGGAUGGGCGAGACAGAGAUCCAGAUCCGAACAGGGCAGAGCCGAGAAACAAGGGAAUGUAUACACGAGUAGUACACAGACACAAACAAACAAGGGGAACCGUAGGCUAAUUCCAUAUUUUGCUAAUAUUGCAUACAGUCUGUAGGAUAAGCAACCAACCAUGCAGUUAAACUACAUUUACCUUCGCUUUUCCUUUUCAUUUUCAUUUUCCUUUUUGGUCGCCUCGGCGGAUCAGCCAAUUAUGCAUUUGCCUUUAGCCCUGAGCUCAGUUUGGGUUUGUACAUAGAUUAGUUUGCCCAAAUACGAGAUAUAAGUAUAUUCAAAAUCAUAACCAUAAUUUUAGUAUUACAACCGCUUUAAUGAAUUGCAGAGAGACAUUUAUUAAGCAUUCAUAAUUAUGGUAAUUAGCAGGCGUACAUAUACAUAUACACACGUAUACAGGAGAAGUAUUUCUUAACUCACGAUUAUUUCGAGGUACAUAUGUAUGUCCCAGUUGAUUCAGUUGGAUUCAGUUCUGGCCAAAUUAAAGGCAGAAACACACACAACAGCAGCGAUCUUGCUUCGAUUGUAACUAAUGUAAUCAAAAGAAUUAUAUACAUAUAUAUAUAUAUAUAUAUUAUUGAACUCUAUAUACACAACAUAGUAUGUACAAGUGGACUCAAACAGAUUCUGAAACCGAAGAACAUGUAACGCGCUGAGAAAUGAAAAAUAUAUGAAAAACAAGUAUUAUGCCA